CGCUGUGUGUGUUGCAGGUACGGUCAUCGUGCGGGCGACAGCAGCAAGCGGCCCGAGCUGGCCUGGGUCUAUGUCGGCAGCCACAAUCUCAGCAAAGUGAGUGAGCCGACAAACAGUGACACAUCUGUGGUUCCUCUCUCACCAUCCUCGUGUGUGUUGUGUGCCACACAUAUGCAGGCGGCGUGGGGCGAGCUGCAGGAAAACGACUCGAAGCUGUCCAUCCGGUCAUAUGAGCUGGGCAUCCUCAUCUCACCACACACACUCCGCGGCCGCACCCCGCCCCCACCACACACCACCCCCCACACACAGCUGGCCGGCUCAUCGUCAUCCAGCAGCAGCAGCGGUGCCGCCACACAGAUGCGGUCAUUCAUGUGGCGCAAACGCGAUGACACAGGUCGGACGACACAGACAGACAGGACACAUGCAGCCCAUAUCCACGCGUCUUGUGUGGGUGAUGGGCUGUGUGCACUGCAGGGUCCUCUCCCCUGCCCCGCCUCUACGCGGCCACUUCUCGGUGCCCGAGCGGUCCACCUGAUGUGCCGCUGAUCGGUGUGCCUCUGCCCUAUCCCCUGCCGCCGGUGCCCUACAGCAAUCGUGACGUGGUGUGGACGACAGACGGCAUUCACGCUGGGCCGGACAGGCUUGGCAAGGAGGCAGGUGGUGACGGCGCGAGCAAGACUGUUCAGAGCAGUUCCUCGCGGGCUGACUUCUGAUGUGGUGUGAGUGGGAAGUCGGAGGUGUAGUCUGUGGAUCGGUGUACAUGCACUACACGAUAGACGUCUCAUCGAUGCGUUGCGCAUCGACUGGACCUCAUACUGCACGCAAAGAUACUGCUCGAAUGAUGUCAACAAACA